UCGUGUGGAGUUUUUUGCUCUUGUACUUAAUUACAAAUGAAGUUCACCCGAAAAAAUUCACUGCCCUUCAGCUGGCUUCGAAGAUCAUUUUAGAACUAUCCGACACCAAUAUGAUCUUCAGCCCGACGGCAAUCGAUUUGGCCUUGGCCCAAAUUUACCUGGGAGCCGCCGGAGAAACUGAAACCGAGCUGCGUAACGUCUUGGGUUUCCCUGGGAGAUCCAAGUCAGAGAUCAUGGAGACCUUUCAACGAAUCAAUCCCCACAUUUUAAUAAACAGUCGAAUGUUUGUGGCAAAUGGAAUAACUAUCCUACCAAGCUAUCAAAAAAUGUCGAGGAAAUACCUCCAUGUCGAUGCCGGGAGCAUGGAUCUGAAUUUCCAGGGUGCCAGUAAAAUAAACCAGUGGGUGUCAUCUAAAACCAAGGGCAAGGUCGUGGAUCUAAUAGAUUUCUCAAUGCUGGAUGAUGCAACGAAAGUGAUUCUCGUAAAUGUCGUCAGAUUCGUGGGUGAAUGGAAGAUCCCUUUGAAAAGAGCUUCAACGGGAAACUUUUAUUUGCCGGACGAAAGACGUUCGGUUGCCAUUAAAAUGAUGGACCUUUUCGGAAAUUUCAAAUACGACUUUCAAGACAAAUUAGACUCUCAUGUGACUAUAAUUCCCUAUGCCAACUCCAGCUUAUCUAUGCUCUUGAUUGUGCCCAAAUCUUUCCGGGGAAUCCGGAAGGCGGAGGACAAUCUAAGGUCACUCGAUUUAAGUAGUUUGAGUUUAAAGAAGCUUCAAGUUUCCUUGCCAAAAUUUUCGAUUAAGUACGACCAAGAUUUGGCGCAGCCAUUAAUUGAAUUGGGAGUAACGAACAUAUUCAACGAUGCCGAUCUCUCUGAACUUACCAAAUCGAAGGAAAAAAUUAGGAUCGACAGCAUACAGCACUCGGCCUCCAUUAAUGUGGAUGAAAAAGGAUCCAGGAUAGUAGCAGCUGCAGGCGAUGAAUUAUUAUUAUCUGCUCGAGCAAGAAAGAAAAAGAAAACUUUGGAAUAUGGUGGACUACUGGUCACUUGCAAUCGCCCUUUUCUGUUUGCCAUCAUUGAGAAUACGAAAAUAUUCUUCUUUGGACGAUUAAGUCGUCCUGAAUAGAAUAAAAUAUGCAUUCGCAAUUA